AUGGCUGAAGUAUUUAUUAUUGGACAAAUUCUUAAAGCUGUGAACUUCUGUGAACCGAAUUUAUUCGUUUGUUGGAAUAUCCAAGCAGGUUCAUUGUGGAAAGUUGUCGAAGGUGAAUCGAAGGGUCAAACAGCGACCGAUAGAAAUCGUAUAGAUCUUGUGUCUGUCUUCGCACAUCCAAUAGACCUUCAUUUAGCAACAAGAGGUCUUCAAGGUUGGCCUAAGUUCAACGUAGAAGUUUAUUCGGUUAACGCUUUAAAGCAAUAUCAUCCUGUCGGCUUUGGUUUUGCAUAUAUUCCUUCUACGCCAGGAUAUCACAAUCUUUCAAUCACAACCUGGAAAAUUUCUCCAGUUACAGUUUUGGAUUCUAUAAAAGAAAAAUUCUUUACAGGUGGUUUCACAAUUGUGAAGAAGGAUUUAAUUUAUUCAGGAGUUGAAAGAUAUAAAAUUCUCACUAUUUCAUCUGGAAUUGUAGAAGUUAACUUGAAUCUAAUUUUUAAGAAUUUCCGAAAGUACGAUAUCAUUUUUAAUCGGACUUAA